UAAAACCGGCUGCCGUCAGGACAGCAACACAUUCAACCUCUUGCAUUCAUGGAAGGAACAAAGAAACACUCAGUGAAAGAGCUGGGCGAGCUGUCGGGGAAACACUCGGAGGAAAUCACGUUAACAUGGUCUAUACACAAGCCCUCGUGUUCGGUAACGGGAUGUCCGUCAGGAGCGAGCUGGAAAACCUAGCUGAGGACCUGAGCUUUCUACAGCACUUCAGAUCAGACAGAGACAAACUCAAACACUGCGGCAGACUAAUGAAAGCACACAGCUCAUCAAGUCUGGGAUCUGAGUGCAGUUUGGAAGAGGAAGAAGGAGAAGACGUGUGUCUUCAAUUCGACCUGGCCAAACGCAUUGAGAAGUGCCUCUAUGAGGCCAAAGGAGCCAGUCUGAGCUGUCAGGAGCUGCGUCUGCCCAGGCGCAUGACCGCACGCGUGGCCGGAGACAUCCUGCGCUCAUCCACGGAUGAGCCGUGUGGGAUACGAGGCGCGCUGAUCCACAUGUUCUUGGAAAGCAAGGGCACACUACUUAAACUGGGCACCGUCAUUCCCGAUCAGAGUCUCACACCCACUUUUGAGGUCUCGGUGGUCCUGCAGCCUGAUCUGGGUGGAUGGCCUCCACUGAAGAUCCUGUUCGGAAGCGGGAAGGUCUUGAGCCUCAGACGGGAAUAUCGGCUGAUCAAGCGGAAGCUCUACUCGUCCGCCACUCCUACUGUACUUGAGUUUUAUUAAAA